UGCGCCCCUGACAAGCAUGUUUUUAGCUAGUUAGCUAAAGCGCUACACCUCUAAACGCGUAUAAUCUGCGGCUCGCUUUAUAAACGUGCAAUAAGGCCUAUAUUUAGGAAUAAAGGAGAAGACAAAGGCAGAGCAGUCAUGCAGAUCACACUAAAGACUUUGCAACAGCAGACCAUUCAAAUAGACAUCGACGAUGAUCAGACGGUGAUGGCACUGAAGGAGAAGAUUGAGGCUGAGAAAGGCAGUGAAAGUUUUCCAGUGGCAGGACAGAAGCUCAUCUACGCCGGAAAAAUCCUGCAGGAUGACACGCCUAUCAAGGAGUACAAAAUUGACGAGAAGAACUUUGUGGUGGUGAUGGUGUCGAAGACAAAGUCGCCACCCGUCCCACACUCAGAGCUGCCCAAAUCUGCUGCUGCUGCACCUUCCUCAUCCUCCUCAUCUCCUCCUCCUGUUCCGGACCCUGCAGCCAUUCCCAUUCUCAAAGACGAGUGCCCAGAUGACACUGCGAAAUCUGUCUCACCUGCGCAGUGCCCUGACAGUGGUAGGGGCCACGUGGCUGACAGGGAAGAUGCAUCUUCAACAUUAGUGACAGGUCAGGAGUAUGAUGCCAUGCUGACUAAUAUCAUGUCUAUGGGCUAUGAGCGAGAUAAAGUGGUGGUUGCACUCAAGGCCAGUUAUAAUAACCCUCACCGUGCUGUGGAGUACCUGCUCAAUGGGAUCCCUUCAGUCCCUGUUCAGGAAACCAGCCCUGCCCCAGCACAACUGCCUACUGACACACCCCCCACAGAAGGUGAGAACCCUCUGGAGUUCCUGCGUUCACAGCCGCAGUUUCAGAGCAUGAGGCAGGUGAUCCAGCAGAACCCGACCUUACUGCCGGCCCUUCUUCAGCAGCUGGGACAGGAGAACCCAGACCUACUGCAGCAAAUCAGCCAGCAUCAGGAUCUGUUCAUCCAGAUGUUAAAUGCUCCGGUUGGCGAGGGGGAGGGCGGAGAUGGCGGGGAGUUUGCUGACCUGAGUGCUAUUGUUGAUGAGGGAGAAACCGGCAAUUACAUCCAAGUGACACCACAGGAAAAAGAAGCCAUCGAUAGGUUAAAAGCUCUUGGGUUUUCCGAAGCCCUGGUGGUCCAGGCGUACUUUGCCUGCGAGAAGAAUGAGAAUCUGGCAGCCAACUUCCUGCUCAAUCAGAAUUUCGAGGACGAAUGAGAGUCGUGGAGCGCCCGCGUGCCCCAUCCCCCUCCACUACACAAGCACUGCAUCUACUCGGGACCCCAUUAUUUCUUUGAGUUUAUAAGUCAAGGGGAGACUCGCAGACUGGGCGGGGAUGGGGCGGAUGCAUUUCAAUGAUGAAAAAAUUCCAAUGGAAUUGUUGGCAUUUGGAUUGAAUGCACUCUAGCAUGUUGAAGGGGUGUGCUUGCACGUGAAUGUGUGUGUGUGUGUGUGUGUGUGUGUGUGUUUGUUCCCUUAGGGAAUAUUUGACUAAAUCUGCAUUAGUUGAAAGUAAACGCUCUCCUAGUAGUAUUAUGGGAUAUGAUAACAAGGUUAGAUGUGCGGAUAAGCAUCGCUUGUUUGUUUUUAUUUUGGAGAAGGAUUAAUAAUAUAUGUCUAAAGGAGAAUUUUAUGUAAUUCUCUAAUAUUAGAGAUAUUUCUGUAUUUCUCCCAGGACACACUCCAGAUGAAUGUGAUAACAGCAUUAAAACAUGACACAAGAUGUAGUCCAAAUAAUAUCAGUUUUAAACUCCGUCUCUAACAGUGUUUAUGUAAAUGAAUGUACUGCGAUGGAGGAUGUCAUGUAAAAUCUGGAAGCAAAGAAUCUGACCAAGCUGAUAAACGAUUUGUUUGAUUACCCGACCUGUCCCAUUUCAGGGUGUAAUUUCUGUGCAGCUAGUGGCAUCGAACAAAAUGACAAUGUGUUUGAGUGUCCUGACUGCACCAGACAGGCCGUUUGCCCGAUCAGUGGAAGAUGGGGCAGAGUUUAAAACUUAUUUGAACAGUCAUUAUUUUUGCAAUUCUGUUGGGUGGCGCAGAAAUUACACUUGACCUUUUAAAGCUCCUUAUUUAUUACUUAAAACUAGCGGUCGACCGAUAUAUCACCUGAAUGUUUUAAUUAUUGCAUCAGCCGAUAAAUCUUCCCCUUUGGCCAAUUUGUUUCUUGAGGGUGCUGAGAAUCGCCUGCUUGCAUGUGAAGUGACUUGAGACGUGUAAACAACCAGUUAGUUGCUACAAUAAUAGACGGGUGUGCAACACAGUGUCGUUCAAACGGUCCGCAUAUCAGAUGCAUUUGAGCUCAUAAUGUUAAAUAGCUCACCUGUUUCAUUCUCCCUCUCUCUCCUCAACAGUUCCCUGUAACUUAACUGACUUGUCAAAUGAUAAAAAGGCAAAUAUCAAAAACUAAUAUCGUAUACCAUCUGCAAAUAUGCACAUAUCUCGUUUAAACCGAUAUAAUAAGCCAACCUCACACAAAUUCGGCAGAUCCAGCAUCCUGUGGAACGUUUAUAAAUCUUCCUCCGAAGCAUGUAUUCUGACCGUCAUUCUACAGUUUCCUGUAAUUUUUAUAAUGAUGAAAGGCAAACAUGCGUUUAAAUGUACUUCACGAACCUUAGACAAAUCCAGUGUUUUCUUCCCGUCGAUCUUACUUUGAAGCACGUAUUCCAUCAGCCAGAAUCAAAACAUCCUCUGAUUCACAAAUCAUGACAUUGGUCACAAUCCAAGCAGGCGAUCCAGGCCGUUUAAACUGACAGGUGACCGUGCUGCUUGCGCUGGAUCCGCACGAGCGUGAGUGCAACUUCAAAUUAAAAGCACUUCACGUGUGCUAGAAGUAAAUGUCUUAUUCACUAUGCACUGUACAGUUGAAGUCAGAAGUUUACAUACAUUUUGCCAUUAAAAUUAUAUAGUUUUGGCAAGUCAUUUAGGACAUCUACUUUGUGCAUGACAUGAGUCAUUUUUCCAACAAUUGUUUACAGACAGAUUGUUUCACUUUUAAUUGAUUAUCACAAUUUCAAUGGGUCAGAUGUUUACAUACACUAAGUUAACUGUGUGACUUUAAACCGCUUGGAAAAAUCCAGAAAAUUAUGUCAAACCUUUAGACAAUUAGCUUCUGAUAGGAGGUGUGCCUGUGGAUGUAUUUUAAGGCCUACCUUCAAACUCAGUGCCUCUUUGUUUGACAUCAUGGGAAAAAUCUAAAUAAAUCAGCCAAGACUUCAGAAAAAUAAAUGUGGACCUCCAUAAAUCUGGUUCAUCCUUGGGAGCAAUUUCCAAAUGCCUGAAGGUACCACAUUCAUCUGUACAAACAAUAGUACGCAAGUAUAAACACCAUGGGACCACCUAGCCAUCACACCGCUCAGGAAGGAGACCGAUUCUGUCUCCUAGAGAUGAACGUAGUUUAGUGUGAAAAGCGCAAAUCAAUCCCAGAACAACAGCAAAGGACCUUGUGAAGAUGCUGGAGGAAGCAGGUGGACGAGUAUCUAGAUCCACAGCAAAACGAGUCCUAUAUCGACAUAACCUGAAAGGCUGCUUAGCAAGAAAGAAGCCAAUCCUCCAAAACCACCAUAAAAAAGUACUACAGUUUGCAAGUCCACAUGGGGACAAAGAUCUUACUUUUGGAGAAACGUCCUCUGGUCUGAUGAAACAAAACUUGAACUUUUUGACCAUAAUGACCAUCGAUAUGUUUGGAGGAAAAAGGGCGAGGCUUGCAAGCCGAAGAACAGCAUCCCAACCGUGAAGCAUGGGGGUGGCAGCAUCAUGUUGUGUGGGAUGCUUUGCUGCAGGAGGGACUGGUGCACUUCACAAAAUAGAUGACAUCAUGAGGAAGGAAAAUGAUGUGGAUAUGUUGAAGCAACAUCUCAAGACAUCAGCCAGGAAGUUAAAGCUCGGUCGCAAAUGGGUCUUCCAAAUGGACGAUGACCCCAAGCACACCUCCAAAGUUGGUGCAAAAUGGCUUAAGGGCAACAAAGGUAUUGGAGUGACCAUCACAAAGCCCUGACCUCAAUCCGAAAGGAAGAUUUGUGGGCAGAACUGAAAAAGCGUAUGUGAGCAAGGAGACCUACAAACCUGACAAAAUUACAGCAACUUAAUCUGAGAAGCUUGUGUAAGGAUACCCAAAAUAUUUGACCCAAGUUAAACAAUUUGAAGGCAAUGCCACCAAAUACUAACAAAGUGUAUGUAAACUUCAUGACCCAUUAUUCUGACAUUUCACAUUCUUAAAAUAAAGUCGUGAUCCCAACUGACCUAAGACAGGGAAUAUUUUCUACUAUAAAAGACAGGAAUUGUAAAAACUGAGUUUAAAUGUAUUUAGCUAAGGUUUAUGUAAACGUCCGACUUCAACUGUAUGUGCAAUUGGUUUGAUUCAGGAUUUUUUAAGAAAAUGUGAUUGCUAACGUGGACAUGCCAUACAUGGCUGCUGAACUACUGUGUGUACUGCGAUUUCCUUCUUCCUAAUAUAUUAAUAAUUUCUUCAUGUGCAAAUAAAUUACUUAAGCUUGAUGACUUAACAGAAAUGAGAUGAAACUGCUAACCACCAUUUAAAAUACAAUAUUUUUUGUUUUUAGAUUAUUUUUUACAAAGUUCAAGUUUUGUGUGAAAUUGAGUAAAUAUAGUGUUAAAUAAGAGAUUAUAAAUUUUUUAGCAAUUUUAUGUUAUUUACUAUAUUAAAUUGUGUGAUAUAUUGGCAUUGUAUCGGCCACCCUGCUCUCUGGAUAUCGGCAUCGGCCAUAAAAAAAAAAAACAAUAUCGGUCGAUCGUGACUUAUAACAGACAUAUAAAGUGUAACGUCCAUCAUCUCGUCACCGUUGGAGCAAAAUAUUCAGAAGUUUAAAUGACAAUAAGGUUCAUUUAGGGAGGUUAAUUUACUUUAGACAUUUGAUAGAGUCGCUUAAUUUUCCUGUAUAAGAGGACCAA